AGAAACGAAACUAAUCUAUCUUUCUCUCGCUCCCUCUCUCCACUAGUGUUUCUGUGUGAGAGAGAGCGACCGUCACUACCACUCCAGCAUGGCCCAGCAGGGAGUUGUGCUGGACCAGGACCAGUUCUGCUGUUCCGUCUGUCUGGACCUCUUAAAGGAUCCUGUCACCCUCGCCUGUGGUCACAGCUACUGUAGCAGCUGUAUCGAGGGCUGCUGGGACCAGGAUGAGCAGAAGGGAGUCUACAGCUGCCCCCAGUGCAGACAGAGCUUCACUCGGAGGCCUGCUCUGAAGAGGAACUACAUGCUGGCUGAGGUGGUGGAGAAGCUGAAGGAGACAGGAGGAGCCCAGGCCGCCCCCUCUGAGCUGACCAGUCCAGCUGGGCCAGGAGAGGUGACCUGUGACCUCUGCACUGGGCCCAGGAAGCAGAGAGCCCUCAAGGCCUGUCUGGUGUGUAUGGUGUCCUACUGCCAGACUCACCUCCAGCCCCACAACCAGGUUCCUGUACUGAAGAAACACAAGCUGGUGGAAGCCAGGUCUGGACUGCAGGAGAUGAUCUGCUCCAGUCAUGAAAAGCUGCUGGAGGUCUUCUGUUGGACAGACCAGCAGUGUAUCUGCAUGCUGUGUACCAUGGAUGAACAUAAAGGCCAUGACACGGUGUCAGCCAAAUCUGCAAGGAAGGAGAAACAGGACAAGCUGGUCCUGAGUCAGCAGGAAGUCCAGCAGAGAGUCCAGCAGAGAGAGAAGGAGCUGAAGGAGCUCCAACAGGCUGUGGAGUCUUUCAAGCGUUCUGGCCAGGCAGCAGUGGAGGACAGUGAGAGGAUCUUCACUGAGCUGAUCCGCUCCAUUGAGAGAAUGCGCUCUGAGGUGAAGGAUCUGAUCAGAGCCCAGCAGGGGGCAGCAGUGAGUCAGGCUGAAGGACUGCUGGAGAGACUGGAGCAGGAGAUAGCUGAGCUGAGGAGGAGAGACGCUGAGCUGGAGAAGCUCUCACACACAGAGGACAACAUCCACUUCCUCCAGAACUACCAGUCUCUCUCCAGUACCAGUGUAUCUUCAGAUGUCCCCAGCAUCUCUGUUCCUCCUCUUCAGUACUUCAAACAUGUGACUGAGGUGGUCUCUGAGCUGAGAGACAAACUAGGGGAGCUGAUCCAGAGAGAGUGGUCCAACAUCUCCACCACAGUCUCCACAGUGGAUGUGUUCCUGCCUCCAGAGCCCAAGACCAGAGCAGACCUCUUACCAUAUUCCUGUCAGCUCACUCUGGACCCAAACACAGCACAUAGAAACCUCUCUGUGUCUGAGGAGAACAGGAAGGUGACAUGUCUAAACCAGAAGCAGCCAUAUCCUGACCAUCCAGAGAGGUUCACCGGGUCCUAUCAGGUGCUGUGUAGAGAGGCUCUGUCUGGACGCUGUUACUGGGAGGUGGAGUGGAGAGUAACAGAGAUUCCCCACGAGAGGGCAGUGCAAUCACAAAGCUCAAUUUGAAGCUUUUUUCACUCUGGGAACCAGACGGAGAACCAGCAGAUUGUGGACAUGAAACCUGUCAGAGUUCUCCUGGAUGGGCCUGUACAGAGACCCCUGGAAGUGGUCACAUGACAGCAACUUCUCCUUUAAAUUUUGGAAGAUCAACGAACCUAAUAAUACAGACGGGCUCGAAUUCUGUUUAGCGUCAAGAGUUUAGUUCCUUCGGCAGAUGGACGGACUGGCCCUGUAAUGUUAAACUUCCCUUUUUCUGCUACAGUAGUACAUCAUUGUUUUGUUUUGAAAGUAUUAGAAAUAAUCUUGGCUGAGACGUUCUAGAACUGCAAUGUGAUGAAACACAAGGGACUUUUGUGAUGUCAUAACUGUUUCUUUGUGAGCUAAUAAUUGUUCUUAAAUGGUCCUUUGUGAUGUCGUACAUUUUCUAUGUUCCUGUCGGUGUGUCCACUCCCAGUGCAGCAGCAGGUGGUGAGAAUGAGGCUGAACAGAGAGAACUCAGGUGUGGACGUAGAGGAUCCUGCUGUGAUGGAGGCCAUCUUACAACAGGUCCAGGUGAAGCUGAGAGAGAAGGGGCUGACUGAAGACUUUAAAGAGGAGAGUACAUAUUCUUAGUCCAGACUCUCCCUCCUCCUCAGGUCCAGGUGAAGCUGAGAGAAGGGGCUGACUGAAGACUUUAAAGAGGAGAGUACAUAUUCUUAGUCCAGACUCUCUCUCUUCCUCAGGUCCAGGUGAAGCUGAGAGAGAAGGGGCUGACUGAAGACUUUAAAGAGGAGAGUACAUAUUCUUAGUCCAGACUCUCUCUCUUCCUCAGGUCCAGGUGAAGCUGAGAGAGAAGGGGCUGACUGAAGACUUUAAAGAGGAGAGUACAUAUUCUUAGUCCAGACUCUCCCUCCUCCUCAGGUCCAGGUGAAGCUGAGAGAGAAGGGGCUGACUGAAGACUUCCAGCUGAGGUGGAGAAAGCAGCCAGAUGGAAAGGUCUUCCACAAGGAGGAAGACGAGAGUUCUCAGAGGAAGAGGAAGAAAAGGGACAGGAAACCAGUUCUGACUAAGAGGGAACUCAGGAAUAAUUAUAUUGAAUUGAUUUAGCUGACUCUUUUAGCCAAAAGACAAAACGAUGCAUGCUGGUCAUCAUGUUCCUUUCAUUUUGAGUAGACACAACUAUGUUAUUUAAAUGUUUUAUUAAUUCUGUCAAUGUGAAUUAUUCUGCACUUGUAAUGUUCCUAUUCAAAACAAUACUUUCAAAUCCCACACAAAGCUCUCAAUAAACAUUUUAAUACUGAA